UGAGAGAUACAGACCAGUUCAGUACGGGGUGGCCUCCACGACCGUUAACGACGCGUUUAGAGAGCGCGCCGCCGACCACGCCGCCGCCGCCGCCGACGACGACGAGCAAGAGGAGGGCGAGGAAAGUCGUCCUCCGUCAGUCCUCCUCGAUCCAUCGAUCCUCGUCGACCGAAAUCACGCGAAUAAUAAUUCGACGAGAUAUAUCGUUCGCGCCAAUACAAUUUGCUCGGCUUUUUUCCUCCCCUCCGCCCCCCUCCCCCUCUCUCCGUUGGCGCGCGCUGAGUCGAAGUGAUUGAUCUCUGAAUGUUGCGGGAAAGUAUUAUUUGUGGAAAAGGUGGUGGAAGAUAGGGAAUUUUUGGAAAGGGAUUCGUUCGUCGAACAGCAAAGCGAGUGAAAGACCGUACCGUGAUCGGUGCCGGUGGAAGAAUAACCGAGGGGGAAAUAUCGGGGAGGAAGGAAAAGCAGCAGAAGGGAAGCAGCAAGUUUGGUGAGUUGGGUGAAAAUCGAUGGCCAUCAGCGCCCAUGGGCGGCCUCGCGUUUAGAACAAGGAAUAGCCCCUCCCAGAAGACCUCGCUACGGUGGGGUGACUGCUGCCCCCCAAAUCCCAACCCUCCGUCGUCGUCGGCCGUCUGGAAGGACCGUCAUCAGGACAUGCCUCCGGUACCCGUGUGAGGCUGUCCCCCACUACUUCGUGAUUGUACCCCGCGGGGUCUUCAGAGGUAUCCGAAUCUCCCAAAAUCGGAUCGACCGCCAUACCUGCCGGACUUGCGUCUCCGCCAGUUCGAGUUCACGCAAGUGGACCCGUACUCACCGAAGAUGAUCAACUUCGCCGGUAUCGUGUCAAUCGUCCUUUUCUACGUUCUCAUCCUGGCUGUCGGAAUAUGGGCGGCAAGGAAGAAGGAAGCUGGCAACGACUCGGAGGAGGAGGUGAUGCUUGCCGGCCGUUCGAUCGGCCUCUUCGUAGGGAUAUUCACGAUGACGGCGACCUGGGUAGGAGGCGGGUACAUCAACGGCACCGCCGAAGCCAUCUACACGAGGGGCCUGGUCUGGUGUCAAGCGCCUUUCGGAUACGCGCUCAGCCUCGUUUUCGGUGGAAUAUUCUUCGCGAACAAAAUGCGAGAACAGGGGUACAUCACGAUGUUAGAUCCUCUUCAAGACGCGUUCGGCGAGCGUAUGGGAGGUCUUCUUUUCCUUCCUGCGCUCUGCGGUGAGGUGUUCUGGGCAGCUGGUAUCCUCGCAGCUCUGGGCGCGACGCUGGCAGUCAUCAUCGACAUGAAUCAGAGUGCCUCGGUUAUUUUGAGCGCCUGUAUCGCCGUUUUCUACACGCUAUUCGGCGGUCUUUACUCUGUCGCUUACACCGAUGUUAUUCAACUUUUUUGCAUCUUCAUAGGAUUGUGGAUGUGCAUUCCAUUCGCUUGGACCAAUCCAAAGGUGCAAUCUCUCAAGUCUAUGGAGGUGGAUUGGAUCGGUGAAGUGAAGCCUGGGGAAUACUGGUCUUACGUGGAUUAUGGUCUUUUGUUGAUAUUCGGUGGUAUCCCUUGGCAAGUAUACUUUCAACGUGUCCUGUCCUCGAAGACUGCUGGAAGAGCGCAAGUGUUGAGCUACGUAGCCGCGAUAGGGUGCAUUAUCAUGGCCAUACCACCUGUCCUGAUCGGUGCAAUCGCCAAAGCAACGCCUUGGAACGAGACAGGGUACACAGGCCCGUAUCCCUUCACCGAGGCAGAGACGAGCAUGAUUCUGCCAAUGGUCUUGCAGUACUUGACGCCGGAUUUCGUUUCCUUUUUCGGGUUAGGUGCGGUGUCAGCUGCGGUGAUGUCCUCGGCGGACAGUAGCAUCCUCUCGGCUAGUUCCAUGUUCGCCAGAAACGUUUAUAAAUUGAUCUUCCGCCAGAGGGCGUCCGAGAUGGAGAUCAUCUGGGUGAUGAGAGUUGGGAUAGGCGUGGUCGGGGUGCUGAGCACGGUGAUGGCGUUGACGAUACCCUCGAUCUACGGCCUCUGGUCCAUGUGCUCGGACCUUGUCUACGUGAUCCUCUUCCCCCAACUGUUGAUGGUGGUCCACUUCAAAGAGUACUGCAACACUUACGGCAGCCUGGCCGCUUACAUAAUAGCGUUCAUCGUGAGGAUCAGCGGCGGCGAGCCAUUGAUGGGUUUACCUGCCCUAAUCCAUUAUCCGGGCUACGAUGAGGAGACGAACACUCAAGCGUUCCCGUUCCGAACGAUGGCCAUGCUGAUGUCCUUGGUUACGCUGAUAGGCGUCUCGUACGGCACCCAGGUGGCCUUCCUUACCGGCAGGCUAGCGCCCGGAUACGACUUCUUCAGGUGCGUGGUCAACAUACCGGAGGACGUGGAGAGGGUCGGCCCUGACCCGGCCGAGGGCGAGCAAAUGGCGGUGCUCGCGGCCGGUAUAGGCAGGCUGUACGGGAGCAAGGACGAAUCGAACGGCCGAGUGAAUCCUGCGCUCGAGCCGGACUACGACAUGGAGCCGGGAUGCGACAAGGCGGCCGGGGAACCGGAAGCUGUUGUCGGCGGGGGUGGCGGCGGCGGGGCCGGGGCCCACCUGGUGCCCCACGGCCCGAACGUGCCACGACAGCCGCAAUCCAGCACCGCGUUCUAAUCCCUGGUUCCGUGUUCGGAUGCUGUGACCAACAAUAAGUGCGGCGGUGCAGGUCUGUUUUCUUUUCUUUUCUUUUCUUCGUCGAUCGAAUAGUUUUCUUUCAUUCUUAUCCUCUCUCUCUGUCUUCGCAUUGUUGAGUUCUGGGAAGAGACGAAGUUGAAGAAUAAUUUAUAGAGAAAAUUUAAAAAGGAGAAAUAUUGGAAUUAAAUCGAGAAACAGAUGGAAGAAAUAUUCGCGUGUCUCUAUUUUUUUUCUUUUUUUAUUCAAAAAAUAAUCUUCGAGUUGAAUUCAAUAGUUUCAAAUUAUUUUUUCGUAUUACAUUUCUUAUUAUAUAUCCCCUUACGUCCACGAAGCUACGAAACACAUAUGCCAAUAUCUGCUCCAAGUUCUUCUACGAAUUUUCCUUUCGUAAUUACGCGUAAUUUAAGUGAUCACAGUUCUGUGUAGCUCAUGUACCUGCGUUCGAAAAUGCUGAUUCGUCCUCUUCAAACGACUGUGAGAGAAAAGAAGCGUGAAAGGGGAUGAAUGAGCGAAAACUGGAACUGGAAGAGGGGAAAUGUGCAAUACUCGAGAGAGAAAUCGAAGCUUCUUGGACGGUUUGGUGAGGUUUUGUUUGUCCCCUGUGCCGCCAAUUAGGCCUAGUGAUCUGUUUCCUUUUUUUUGAGAAAUAUAAUAUAUAUAUAUAUACAUACACACAAACACGUACAUAUAUAUACGCAAUUACGAGGGCGUAAUCGCACACGUAAUCGCGCAUAUACACGUAUACGCCAUGUAUUUAGAGUUUUAUCGAAUUGCUUGAGAAAAACUAACGUCUUGAUGCACGACCGAUCCGUCCCUCCCUCCUCUUCCCCAUAUCCCAGAGGAUUUAUUACAAUUAAUGAUAAGAGAGAUAAUUAAAAAGAAUCCUCUACGAGUUGAAUCGUGGCGAGCGGCUUACUCGAUCGAUAUUUUACGUAUAGGGAUUUAUAUAAAUUAAUGUUAUACAUAUCGAGAAUUUUUAGAAUUGUUGUUUUUAACGAUUGUUAGAUUCACUUGAACCUCUUCCAUUGUACGACUCGACUCCAUCUUCUUCAUCUUCGCACCAUGUUAAUAAAUGUCGCAUCCCCCAUGUGAAAUUUUAUCACUCGAGACUGCGUCGAGUCUCGGUUAUGGAAGAGUUGUGGUAAAAGUGAGCGGGAGAGGAAGAAAGUGGACAAAGUGAUAACAAACGAUUAACAGGCUUUUUUCUACUACCUGCGAUCGAUCGUUCUUCCCGUUCUGCUUCUGGUCACGCGCGAAGGAGAUAAAAGGCGACGGUGGUACGCGCCUUUUGUUUACGUUAUCACGAAGUUAGCCGCUCGUCCAAGCUGUUCGAGACUCUUCGCCCGACUCUAAAACAAUUCUAAAAAAUUGAACUCACGUGUGAGUCUAAUCGCAUAAACUUUUGACAGAAAUAAUAAAAUAAUAUAAAUAAACUUUGGACAGAAAUAAUAUCGAUCCUUAAAAAUAUAUCAUUAUUCGAUAAUACGCGUUGAACAAUUUUGUACAAAUAUUGCUUCAACUAUAAAUUUUUUUCUAUAAUGAAUCACGAUGCGUGUGAGUCGGCGUGAAGGAUCGAGAUUCACGGACGAAUCGGUUGUUGCAUCGGAUUCGUUGUGUUUAUUAUAUAGUAUAUAUACAUAUAUAUAUCCAUACACACACAUACAUACAUACAUACACAUUGUACGAUAUAAUUGACAUUAUCGGCGAGACGAGUGAUUUCUCAUACACAUACAUACACACACACGUACAUACAAGAAGACUAAAACUCCGUAGUUUUUAACGUGAAAGAAGAUACGAAUUAUCGCUGCUGUUAUUGGUUUCGAGAAAUUGGUUUAUCAGAGUAGAGAUGACUUAUGUAACUAUAUCGUUUAAUAAACGUAGCCGUCACAUUGUUCGCGAAACGAUCGUAACGCCUAUGUAGUGGUAUUAUACUGCUCGUCGCAUAGAGUUGCUCAUCCCAUCUGUUUUACCAAAAAGAAAAAAAGAAAAAAAAAAAAUAUAUAUAUAUAUAUAAGAAAAAUGUAUCAGAGAGAAAUCCAAGUUGUGGCGUAUUAUUUAAUCGAGUAGGUAAGACACCUACUUAUUCGAUCUCCGAAUUAUAUUUCUCUCGUUCGCGGAUGAAAAAAAGUAUAUGGAAUUUUUAACAACAAAUUUCUCACCUACCCCGUUUUCGUUAAUAUUCUAUCCAUGGAUGAAUCUCGAAAGAAUGCAUUGCAUUUGUAUUGUACAAAUUAUUUGACGAUAUCGUACGAGAAUGAAAAGAAAAAAAAAAAAAAAAGAAAGAAGAAUAAAUCUUUUCAUUUCUCUAAAUCGAAACUGCAUUAAGAAUUACUUUUUUUUAAAUUCUCAUCUAUUGUUCAUCGUUACAAAUUCACAAAAAGAAAGAAAUUGAAAGUAAACGUGUAUACACACGUUGUCUUGCCGUCUCAACUUGUCAACUCGUGAGAAAUACGUACGAUUUUUCUUUUUUCAAGAAAACGAGGGAGUUAGUUCCGGACGGAAGUGAUGUCUCGUCGCUUGUUAAGCGAGGCGUCUUGGCACGACGGUGAAAUUACCGUGUUCAGACUUAUACGAAGGAUCUCAUGUAUCACGUGUGUACGUCUCGCGCGUUCGCAAACCCAUCUUCCUUUUCUGAUAUGUGUUGUUAUUCGAUCGCGGUUGUUACGAAAGACUUUCACUCGAUGAUAUCGAGAUCGUUGGAAAUUAUUAACAUUUCCACGCGCAAAAAAAAAAAACAUAAAACAUUUUAUAGUCAACAAUUAUUCUUUUUAUAUACAUAUAAUGAAAAGUAGAGCUAGAUGAUCGUAAAACGUUUCUUUGAUGAGAGAAAUUGCUCGAUGGAAAAAUUCUCGAUGAGGGAUAAUAAAAGGAAACAGUUGAAAAAUUCAAAGAUACAUUUAAUAUCGUCGAAUCGAAGAAGAAGUAUAUAUAUAUAUAUAUAUAUAUAUAUAAAUUACUAGUUUUUAUACGGAUUGUGAAAUUUAUUUUGCUUUCACUUCUCUGAAAUUUUCAGAAAUGGAAGAAAGGUGAUAUUAUUUCUCAAACAGAGUUGACAAGUUGACGGAUUCGCAAGCAUAAAAAAAAAAAAGAAAAAUAAUUCUUUUUAUCCACGCUUCCAUCUUUCGUCGUGUAUCGUAUAUAUAUAUAUCAUCAUGUAUAUGGGGAGAUAAAACAGUUGUCUCGCGAUAUGCGAACAAAUAUUGCGUUUAGAUGCAUCCGUGCGAUAAAGCAUCCGUUAUUAUUCGUAGUGGCGUAUAAAGUGUUAAUUAUGAGAGAGAGAAACGGCCACUAUAACGGUUACUAUAUACAUAUCAAAUAUCGUGCGUUGUAACGAUGUAACGGGAAACCUAUAUCACGAUGCGUGCUCUACAUAUACACAUUUAGGUAUAAUAUAAUUAGAUAAGAUAAGGGAGAGAAGAGAAAAAAGAAGAUAAAUAUAUAUAUAAGAUAUGUAUAUACGUAUUAUAUAUAUAUAUAAAACGUGGUUAAUAUCCUCUCGCAGAAAAAAGGGAUCGAUGGGGUUCGAAGCUUUAUUUCGGGAAUUAGGAGGAUCCUCUCUAGUUUUCAAUUUCUUUUUUUUUUUUUCGAACGAGUAUCCUCCUAAUUUAAUAACCGAACGAUUCGUGGGUGGCAGGAUCGUGAGAAAGAUCGAGAGAUAAAGAAAGGAGAAAUUGCGAGCAAUGAACAAGGCUGCCUGAACGCCGAACAAAAAAAAAA